AAUUAUCAUUAGCAACACGACAACAACAAGAGCAAAGACGACAGACACUUAUCAUUCAAAUUUCAUGCAUUAUGUUCUUGCUUCGUCAAGGUCUUGCCCUUAGAGGACAUUCAGAUGAAAAUAGUAAUUUGAUUCAAUUGCUCAAACUUCGAAGUAUUGAUAAUAACUUUUUGAAGUAAUGGAUCGCUGAGAGGAAAUAUUUAUCACAUGAUAUUAUUAAUGAACUUUGUAAAGAAAUUUAUCUUACAAUUAUAAGUGAUAUUGUGAAAGAAGUAUGUGCAAGUUGCACAGUGCAACUUAGUUUCGUUCACAGAGCCACCAAAAGUUAUUCUGUGACAUUUAUCGAACCGUUUCUCGAAAAAAUCUUAGAUGUUUUCCUGAAAAAUGCAACAAUAGAUUGUUUUCUCCUAUAAUUCUUUAUGUGAAUUCACCGGAAGCUCUUUAUUAGUUUAAUAUGUUAAUGAUAAAACAUGAUAUACUAAUAUAGUUUACUACACUGUAUCUAAUGUAUAAUACAAUUAAUAUUUAUAUUUGGUUGUUGAUUAAAGAGAAAGGGGAAAUUUGAGCUAAUUAGAACGUUCAUAGAUUUAUAUUCCUAGAUUGUUAGAUGAGAUUAAUUUUAGGUUAUACUAAGUUGAAACUAUUGUCAUAUUUUAUGUUUAGAUCUCUAACAGAAAAUGGUUUUCAUUGAUAUGUGAUGAAUCAACACUUGAACAAUUAUGUAUUACCAUCAGAUCUGUUGAUAAUAACUACAACGUUUUUGAAGAUGUUAUCGGUCUUUAUGAAAUAUCCAGACAAAAUGCUCCAACAAUUGUUGAAACAAUUCUUGAUACAUUAACUCGAUGUGGAUUAGAUAUUGCUAACUGUCGAGGACAGAGUUAUGAUGGUGCUAGCAACAUGUCGGGAAUUUAUGCCUAUAUAAUACUUAUCGAUACGGAAAAACUGUCACGUGUUAUUCAAAGUUCAAGUUGCUGUUUGCAAGAUGUUCUGAGUGCAGCUGAAAUUGUUAUUAAUUAUUUCAUACGUAUUCGAGAUGGUAAUCGUUUUAAUUUGUUUUAUAAUGGAGUAAUCAAUGAUAGUGGAGGUUUGACAGAGAAACCCGUUCUAUCUCGACAACGACGACCACCAAAACGUUAUGAGUCAAAUUCUGGAAUUCCUGAUUUCAAUACUUGUGAAGAAUUUUAUUAUCAGCAAUAUACUGAAGCACUUGAUAUUGUUGUUAAUAUGUUGCAUGUUCGUUUUACUCAAAGCAAUUUUGAAUUGUUAUGUGAUGUUGAGAAAUUUAUUCUUAAUGUAUCUAAUAAUCCAGUUCAUGAUCUAGAUGAUCUUAUACAAGGGAUAAUGGAAUUUUGCGAUGGUGAUAUAGAUAUUCAAAGACUGAAAGCUGAAGUACAUAUGAUUUACGAUUUUUUUAAAUCUGUAAUUAACACAAAUCAGAUGAAAAUAAAACAAAUCACAAAGAUUUCGACUAUUUGUGAAAUUUUAAACUCAUGCAAUGUUGAUAA